AUGGUCAGUCACUCCGAAUCCCCAGCAGACAUUGUUACAGAGCCGACAAACGAGGAGUUGCUCGCCGAGCAGGUGAGAGUAUUCGAACGAAUGAAAGGAUCCACUAAUUUCAAUCGUGUAGCUGAAGAUGUGUAUCCAGUUGAAGUCACUAAAACCAAACUAGUGUGUGAGAUGGUUGUUCAAGAGCAGCACCUGAACUCAAAGGGUACUCUUCAUGGUGGUCAAACUGCAACACUAACAGAUGUUAUCACUGCUCGGGCUGUCGGAGUAACAGUCAAAGAUAAAGGAAUGGCUUCCGUUGAACUGGCAGUCAGUUAUCUCCUUCCUGUCAAAGUUGGUGAUGUUCUGCAAAUCACUGCACAUGUUCUGAAAGUGGGUCGUUCAAUGGCAUUCACAGAUUGUGAAUUCAGACGGAAAUCUGAUGGAAAAAUGACAGCAAAAGGGAAACACACACUGGCUUUUCUGCCUAACCAACCUGGAAUUUCAGUGGAGAACGGAAGCCAAUUUUAA